CCCUCUCUCUCUCUCUCUCUCUCUCGCUCUCUCUGAGAUCGCACCGAACAAGAUCAAUAAGAAAGCUUCCUCUUUUCUUCUCCUUCUUCUUCUUCUUCAUCAUCAUCUUCUUCAUCAUUUUCGCAAUCUGCCAUUACUGGGUUGCCCGCGGUGCAAUUUGAAGGGUGGGGGAUCAUCCGGGUGCGUGUGUGUUUGUGGAAUCCCGAAUUUUUUUUUUGAUCGAAUCGGGUUGGGGAUCAUCGCCGCCGCCGGAGGAGGAGGAGGAUCGCCAUGUCGUGUUCGUCUUCGUCGGGCUCGGAGGGCGACGACGAGGGGAUGGAGAACUACCGGAAGGGCGGGUACCACGCGGUGCGGGUCGGCGACCAGUUCGCCGGCGGCCGGUACAUCGCCCAGAGGAAGCUCGGGUGGGGCCAGUUCUCCACCGUCUGGCUCGCUUACGACACUCGAUCCUCCAAAUAUGUUGCUCUUAAAAUCCAGAAAAGUGCGGCACAAUUUGCUCAAGCUGCCUUACACGAGAUCGAACUGUUAUCGGCAAUUGCCAGCGGUGACCCGUCAAAUUCAAAAUGUGUUGUGCGACUGGUUGACCACUUUAAGCAUGCUGGCCCAAAUGGGCAGCAUCUCUGUAUGGUCCUUGAGUUUCUUGGUGAUAGCUUACUUAGACUAAUCAAGUACAAUCGGUAUAAAGGCCUUGAAUUGAACAAAGUGAGAGAAAUCUGUAAAUGCAUCUUGAUUGGUCUGGAUUACUUGCACAGAGAAGUUGGUUUGCUCCAUACUGAUUUGAAGCCUGAAAAUAUUCUCCUUUGUUCCACUAUGGAUCCGGCAAAAGACCCAGUGAGGUCUGGCGUGUCUCCUAUACUUGAAAGGCCUGAGGGCAAUCUCAAUGGUGCUGUGACCAUGAGCAUCAUCGAGAAAAAGUUGAAAAGGAGAGCAAGGAGAGCUGCUGCUAAGAUUUCAGCGAGAAGAGAAUCGAUGGGAGACGCAUCUACGAAGCCCGAGAGAAGCUUGGAUGGGAUUGAUGUAAGGUGUAAGAUUGUGGAUUUUGGGAAUGCAUGUUGGGUGGAUAAGCCGUUCACAGAUGAAAUUCAAACGAGGCAGUAUAGAGCUCCUGAAGUUGUACUCCAGUCUGGUUAUUCCUUUUCUGUAGAUAUGUGGUCAUUUGCCUGCACUGCCUUCGAGCUUGCUACCGGUGAUAUCUUAUUUGCUCCCAAAGGUGGUCAAGGCUUCAGUGAGGAUGAGGAUCACCUAGCACUGAUGAUGGAACUUCUUGGGAAGAUUCCAAAAAAGAUUGCCACAGGUGGAGUUAGAUCCAAGGAUUUCUUUGACAGAUAUGGCGAUCUGAAAAGGAUCAGGAGAUUGAAAUUCUGGUCAUUAGAUCGGUUACUCGUGGAAAAAUACAAGUUUUCUGAGACCGAUGCUCUCGAGCUCUCUGAGUUCCUUUGCCCUCUUCUCGACUUUGCUCCCGAGAAGCGGCCUACUGCUCAGCAAUGCCUGCAACAUCCAUGGCUCGUUUUGAGAGACUCGACCCAUAACGUCGCGAGCAAUGAUUCGAGAGUCCACAAGCUAGAAGCUGGUGUGAGCAACCUUAAGAUCAAGGUGGGCAAAUGAAAGGGGUGGGAGUUCUGGCUGCAAUUCUAAAAGCAGUUUUGAAGCCCCUUUUCUUUUUUGGGAAUUUAAUUUUGGUGGGUUUUUUUUUUUUUUCGAAAGAGAUUCUUUUUCUGCUAACAGAUGUAAAGUUAAUAUUUUUUAUCCCCUCUGGGAAAUGACGAGGAGCGGAUAGGCCUUUUUGAUGGCUUGUAUAAUUAGCUGUGGCUUUAACAAAACACAUACGUUGGCUUUCAGAAGUUGCUUGUUUUGCUUGACAUUGGAAUUUAUAUUUAUAUAUUUUACUGCUGCUC